AAAAUAUGUAAGACACGGUGAAAGCGUUUAACAUGAUUGUAAGAAUCAAUGGAUGUUUGGAGUUUUGAGAGGAAAAUACACAGAUGUGGUGUCGUGCUCUGAUGGGAAGAUAAAAGUUGAUAAUAAAUGUGACAAAAGACAUUAGACAAAAUAAACUCACGUGGACACACUGAGAUACUGGUCGUCAAAUAUUUGCAUGACUGAACAUUCUUCAAUGAACCACAGGACAGAUCACAGCGCUGGAAAAUGGAGAUAUAUCCAAUAAUCAUCUGUUUGAUUUUAGGUUUAAAUGCACUUGGAUCCUCAAACGCUGCAGAGAAAACAUGCACAGUACCUGACAUACCACAUGGGACUGUUGAGUUACUCAAAGUGUACAAGAAAGAUGACACGCUAGAAUACAAAUGUGAUAGGGGAUACAAACCCAGACAGGGAACACCAAGAUGCACAGAGAACGGCUGGAGUCUAAAGCCGGAGUGUGAAGAAAUAACCUGUGAACUCAAGGAAAUAAAAUAUGGAAUACAAGCAAUUGAACCCGAGGGAAAAACUUUCUUUCGAGCUGGAGAAACUGUGCAAAUUAUCUGCUCUGAAAGAUUCAGGAUAUUCUGGACAAAAGAAAGCACACAAACAUUUAAAUGUCAGAAUGAUGGGGAAUGGGACAACAAUCCUACUUGUGAGGAGAUUAGAUGUGAAAUUCCACGUGACAGUCGUCUUUAUUAUGCAUUUUACUAUUUCUACGGCAAUAUGAAAUUGGAUGUGACAAAAUCUUACAGGUGUUUGUCUGAAUAUCGUCAAAUGGCAGCCGUGGCCACAUGUACAAGAGAUGGUUGGAAACCAGAUCCACUGUGUGCUGACAAUACCUGUGAAGCACCAAACAUCCCAAAUGCACAGAUUUUGAGUCAUGAACGCACUAACUAUGAUGUCAAUACAAGAAUACAAUACAAAUGUCUUCCAGGAUUUGAACCCGAGCAACUCAUAGAAAUCACCUGUAAUUCUGCAGGCACAUGGAUAAACAAACAGAACUGCGUUGUAAAGGAAGGUUCUUGCACAACACCACUCUUGGAAAACGGGUACAUAGACAGAGAUCCCCCUACAGAGGACACUAUCUUUUAUUUAUGCAACACGGGUUAUAAAACAUUAACUGGGAAAUGGUGGGGAGCAGCAACAUGCAUCAAUGGCCAUUGGUUAAAUGAGCCGAGAUGUAUCCAGGAUAAGAAAUGUGGUGCUUUGCCAAAUGUUCAACACGGCCGUCUAAAUGAAACAAACGCUGGACGAUCUGCAGAAAUCAUUUGUGAUCCAGGAUACAAAUCAUCAAACAAAUUAAUCAAAUGUGAAAACGGUAUAUGGGAGACACCAACCUGUAAAGUGGAUGAGGAGGGAUGUGUCAGUCCUGAAAGAGUUGAAAACGCUGUGGUCAUCUCUAAACCUCAAGAACGGUAUUCACCUACAUCUCAUGUGACCUACAAAUGUCUCAGACAUUUCACAAUAAACGGGAAUGGCAACGUUUUUUGCCACAAUUCAACUUGGGACAAAGCACCCAUAUGUGAAGCGUUCUGUUCAAAGCCUCUUCUGACAGUAAACAAUUGCAAACUUAUUGAUGAAACCCAAGAUGAGAGGAAAUAUUCUCAUGGAGACACAAUAUGCUAUGAGUGUGAUGAUGGAUAUGAAUCUAUGGGAGAGACCAUCGCUAAGUGUGAUGGACAAACGUGGAUUUACCCAGAAUGCAUGCGAAAAGCUCAGUGUACCAAACCAACAAAGAACUUGCAGUAUGUGACCCUGUCAGAUGAGAAAAAUCUAUUCAACAACUUUGAUACUUUGAGAUACAAGUGCAAUAAACCAUAUGACAAAAUUCCAGGAGGAACUUUGACUUGUAGAGAUGAAAAAUGGAUUGGAACGAUUGGCUGCACAAGCAGCAUUUGUCCUCCACCACCUGAAAUUGAAGAUGGAGAUUUUAUCACUAAGGAUAUGACCAGUGAGGUCAUCACGAAGGUAACAUACUCUUGCCAAUACUACUAUGUGCUGAAUGAACGGAAAGAACAUUACAGCUGUAGAGAUGGGAGAUGGGAAACCCCUCCAAAAUGUCUGAAGCCAUGCAAACUAACACCUGAGAUUUAUACUGAUUACAAUAUACAACUCAUCAGAGAUAACUACGUGAAGCACAGUGAUGAAGAGAUUAGAUUUAAAUGUAAUGAGGGAUGGAAUGCUGGAGGUUUCAGUAGAUCAGAUUAUGUGAAGGGAACAUGCUCUGAUGGGAAGAUAAAUAUACAUAAAAAAUGUAAUGAAGAAAAUAUAUUUGUAUAGACUAAGGUGAACACUGAGACCUGAAGAUUUGUGAUGUAACCAAAGCAUGAAGAUGGACAGACACACAGAGACGAGAACACAUAAAUGCAUCUAUGUUGCUGCAAUCUACAUGUUUAUCAAACAGCUUCAUGGUUUAAAUAAUCUUAAAUAAUAUAAAAUUCUCACUUCAGAAUAAAGAUUCACAUUCAAAUUGU